UAUAUUACUAUCCCUACUUUUCCCAGAAUAUUUCAAGUAAGAAAUCUAAACGAGUCGAUCCAACUAAAAUUUCAAAAAUGGAUACGAUUAUUGAAAAACUCAUGCGCAUUAUAUCCGUGACGUUUGGUUUUCUGCUUAAUAAGCUGUUAUUUUACGUAUUGAUCUCUGGUCUGUUUAUCAUAAUUUUUAUUCGACUUUUUAUGAUGGAGCGAAUGCAACGAUUAAAGGCAAUAAUCUUGAGAAGCUUGCACGAAUAUGACAACGAAUCUGAGGCAGAAGAUGAAGGAUACAUAGAUGAUGAGUUUCUAUUCAGGGAUCUCAAUCCGGAGCAGAGUGUCGAGUUGCAUCGCCGGCAGCGAUUGGAGGCGGCAGCUAAAGUAUUGCGAAAUGUGGCGGACAAGGAGGGAUCCCACAAGUGUCCCGAACAGAGACGAAAGAAAACUGAACCAACAAAAUCAAGAUAAAUUAUGGAUAGUUACAGCAUAUACCUAAGAUAAUUUCCAUUCAUCAGGAAUUGUUAAAAAUAACACAAUUAGGGAAUGCAGCUUGAUGUUACUGACUUACCAUAACCGAAUAUCCAAACAAAAUGAACUAAAUACAAUUCCAUGCCCAGUCGUAAUCCUUUGAAAUUAAUUUGCUGCCAUUGCCUUCGUGUCUGGGGUCUUACAAUUCCGUUGGCCAUUUUAAUUGGUUUGCGAGCACAUAAGCCGGCCUUAAGUCGCCAGGUGGAACUGUAGCAAGGGUAAAAAUGGCUAUAAAUAUUUGUUCAGCUGGCUGGACCCAAGUCCCAGAAAAGGGGCAGUUGACUGGAGGCCUGGACAACUGCGGCGAACGGAAGGCGCUUAAGAUUAAAAAGCGUCACGGGUACUGGAUGCGAUGGCAAAACCACAAAGCAAACACAAACACAAAUAGAGAUGAGAGGGUAUGAGGAGGCUUAAAUGGGGGUUCGUGGGUGCCGCAGUGGAAACAGUGGCAAAAUAAAUAUGUAAGUCAUAACUAAGAGGGUAGUCGAGGUU